UUGGCAGCUCAGUUUGUGAGGAGCGUUCGGCGGAUACACAUCGCACUUAUCGCUCUUGGCCAGCUCGUCCGUCCCAACGGGCCUUAACGGUUCCGCCAAAGCGCACUAAUAAAGCCAAAAAAAAAACAAUAAAAAAUAAAAUUAUACAAAUAAUAUUUACAAAGUUUUAUUUAAAUCAAGUCGAUCGUGCGCGUUUGUUUUCGUGAUUAUCCAAACGGAUAAACAUUCAAAUCUCGGGCUACAAAAAUAUUUUCGCUUUUUAUUGGCCACGGCGUGUGCGUUUUGUGACAGAGCCAUUGAACUUUGAAGUAUAGAAAAUAUUUGGAAAGACAUAAGCAAUAGUAUACCUAAAUCCCUAUACUAAUUUGUUGUCGGGAAAUUCUGUUUGCGGUGCGUCGCAGAAAAGCGCUUGUUUCUACGCUGCAAGAAUUGUUUAAAAUUAUUCUUUUGUUUCGCCCGAUCUGCUUUGUCGGUUGGUUCGUAAACAAAUUUUGUGGCCGAAUUUGCCAAUUUCCCCAUAAAAUAUAGCAAGAGACCAAGCCAAAGCAACAAAUGUGACAACUAACAAUAAAUUGUGAUACAACACAUGUGAAAUCCGCUGGCAAAUUGGGCUCGCCUCCUUUCCCCCUCAAAAAAAAGCUAGAAAUUACCGUUCGAAGAACCAAGUCACAACCAUCAACAGUACAAACAACUCACUUAGCUCCAAUUAAACUCAUUUCAACAUGGAUUUCGAUCAGAUUCUGGCCAAAUGUGGCGACUUCAAUCGCUACCAGUUCAUGAUACUCGCCCUCUUCGGGUUUAUUAAUAUCAUCGUAUCGAUGCAUUACUUUACACAAACAGUCAUUAGUUUUGUGCCAGAUCAUUGGUGCUAUCAUGAUAAGUUAGUGAAUAUGACCUAUAAGGAGAUCGGGGAGAUCUAUGCUCAGUUCGAGAAUCCCUCGUGCACUCGACUAGACGACAUUAUCAGUGUCCACAAUGUCACCGUGAGCAGCAAAGCCUGCGAGAAGUGGAUCUACAACUAUGAUUUCGGCUACAGAAGCAUGAACACAGAGCUCAACUGGGUCUGCGACUCGGCGUACAAGGCUCGCAUUGGCCAGUCCCUGUUCUUUAUUGGCUCCGUGGUGGGCACCCUCUUCUACGGCCUGCUCUCCGAUAAGAUUGGCCGUGUUCCCGCCCUAAUCUUGUCCAAUUUCUGCGGCUUUGCCGGGGAUUUCUCCACCAUUUUCACCAAGAGCGUGGCCACCUUCACCCUUUGCCGUUUCAUUUCCGGUUUGGCGGCCGACACAAACUUCUACCUGAUGUACAUUAUAGUGCUCGAGUAUAUAAGGCCCAGCAUGAGAACCCUGGGUCUCAACAUGGCCGUGGGUCUGUUCUACUGCCUGGGCCUGGUCUUCACUCCCUGGCUGGCCGUUUGGGCGGGUCACUGGCAGAUCUACCUGGCCUGCACAUCGCUGCCCAUCCUGCUGGUGGUUCUGUACUACUUCGUGGUUCAGGAGAGCGCCCAGUGGCUGGUGACCAGGAAUGACAUCGAUGGGGCCAUUGUGAGGCUGAAGCGAGUGGCCAAGUUCAACGGCUGCCGGGUGACCCAGGCGGAGUUCGACGAGUUCCGGCGCCAUUGCCAGAUGACCCGCGAAAUGCAGGGCGGAGAUGACAAGAAACAGGCCACCCUGCUGGACAUGUUCAGAACGCCGCGCAUGCGCAAAAACACACUCAUUCUGUUCUUCAAGAGCAUGGUAAUCACCCUGUGCUACGAUGCCGUCUCCCGAAAUGUGGAGGGCAUGGGCAUUUCGCCCUUCAUCAUGUUCUCGCUAAGUGCCUUGGCAGUGCUGCCCUCGAGUAUCCUGCUCGUCCUGCUGCAGGAUCGCAUUGGCCGGAAGGGCAUGGCCUCGGGAUCCCUGCUAGUGGGUGGCCUCUUCACAGCCGCCGCCGGAAUUGCGAUUGCCUACCAGCAGCACAGCCACAAUGCCAUUUUGCUGGCCUGCCUGACGAUCGCCGCCCGUUUCGGAGUGGCCAUCUCUUACGAGUCGGGCUCCCAGUACGCUACCGAGCUGAUCCCCACCUGCGUGCGGGGUCAGGGAGUGGCUGCUGUCCACGUCGCCGGAUUCGCCGCCUCCUUCCUGGCGCCCUACAUUCUCUGGCUGGGCACCUUCUUCAAGGCGGCGCCCUCAAUCAUCCUGGGCGUCCUGUUCUUCGCGGGAUCUUUCGUCUGCCUGCUGCUGCCAGAGACGCUAAACAGGAGCCUGCCCACGACAAUCGAGGAGGGCGAGGUGUUCGGCAAGGGCGAGCGGAUGUUCGACUUCCCGUGCCUGCACAACCGGCACGAUGACGCCGAAUCCGACUCCGAGCUGGAGAAGUACAAGCGCAAGCACUCGCUGAUCGACGCCAAGCAGAUGCAGAUGGAGUCCUGCUCGAACGGAAAGCGCAAGCAGUCUUUAAUCGAUGCUGAUCGCGAGGAGCAGGCUCUGAAGGACGCCAAGCACUGAGGAGCGAAGGUGACCUUCCGCCCUCAGUAGUUCGUUAGUAGUAGUUUAGCUAACCAAUUUUCGCCUAGACCUUAAGACCCCAGGCCUACAAAAAAUGUGUGCUCAGUAUGCGGAAGCCUUUUCUUAUAUGUAUAGAGUGUACCCUUACAAAUUUAUAUAUAUACCUACAAAUAUGUAUACUUAUUUACCUACUCUAGCUGGUAAUCAUUUAGGGCGUAGCUGUACAUUUAACUCGAUCGAAAAUUACUGUUUUUCCAAAAUGCUGAUUGUGUAUAAGAAUGGAAUCGUAUAGUUAACACUUAAGCGGCACAAAAUCACUUAACUACAACCAAUUGAAUACUUAUCGUAAGAGUUUUUCAUACCUUCAUGUACAUAAGUGCGAUACUACUUAGGCCAGUAACUGAAUGUUCUAUUUUUGAUUUUGAUCCUUAAGCAAAUGAGAACCAUUAAGCAAACUGAUAAUAAUUAUUUAAAAUUAGAAAACAAAAUAUAAAAUAUACAAAUUGAAAAAAAAUGUA